AAGAACGGCCACGAAACUCGCCUCAUGAUUGUUGUGUAGAGAAGAACUUCCAGCGGCAUGUGCUACGACUGCUGAACACGCUUCGCUUCAUGCUGGAACAGCAAGCGGACACCCUGAACAAGUUGUGCGAUAUGCUUCCCACUUCUUCAGUCACCGAAUGCGCAGAGCUCUUAGGCCAUCCGCUAAGCAGUCUUGAAGAACUACAAGAGUUCGACGACAAGCUCGAUGCUGGAAAAUUUAAGAUCCUGGUUCAUGAGUUGGCACAGCUUGGUGGGAAAGAUGCCUACUGGGCAACAAAAAGAAUCUUGUCAUACUGCAUCACAGACGAGGUUGCGGCACAAUUUUCCUGGAUGGGUCGAAAAGGAAAACUGAGCUUCUCCGCCUUGAAGAUUGCUAAAGCCAUAACAGAUGCUGCUCGCAAAGCGCCAAACGCAACCGCUGCCGACGUUGAGGCCUCUAUCAAAUCGUGGCUCCGACAUGCCCCCGAGCGCCUUGCCACCAGGUUUCAGAAGUCAAAGCAAGGACAACUUGAGCAAGCAGCAGAUACUGACUGAAACUUUCGCCACGGCCCAGCUUCUGAUUCCCUGGUCGUUCUGGGGAUAUUGAUGGCAGCAGAUUGAACUUUUAGAUGUUUUAUGCCCUCACUUUGUCAUAGUGUUGUGAUGCUCCAGAGCUUCUGGUCUUUAUGUUUAAAUUUAAUGUCUUUAAAUGUUUUAGAUGUAUGUCUCAUGCACUCAUGUUUUAGGUGCUUUAUAGGUUUAUUUGUAUAUGUAGAGCCAUUGAAUUUAGCCAUGACCAUUUGUAUGGAUAUUGUUGUGCUUGGCGAGAUUAAUGGCUGUGACAGAUUGAUGGUAUGUUUCUGUGAAUGAAAGUGCCCUUAUGUAUUGUGUCUGGGGGCAAGAAAAAAAGUCUUUCAUCAUAUCGUGCUUAGGAGGAUACAGGGUGUCCCAUGUAACUUUAGCCAAACUUUAAAAAUAUGCAAAUGCCACCUAGCUCAACAGAACCAAGGUAAUGCUGUUUGCGGUCGCUUAGAGAUACUCAGAAUAUUUUUUUGCAUUCCACAUAAUUGCAUAAUAAGUCUUAAUUAAUUAAUCAACUUCCGAAAUAUUAAAAUUAGAUGAAAAGUAUCAAUAAGAAAACUGUAGAGCAACAUGAAAAACUCCCGAUACAGCUUUCUGUUACUCAAUACGUGCUACAUAAAAGUGUUUUUCUGAGCGUGAAAGAAGCCCGCGAAUACAUGCAAAGUGCCUCGAGCGGCCAGUCGCGCGGCAAUUUUGCACGUAUUCGGAGGCUUCUUUCACGCACGGAAAAACACUUUUAUUUAGCACGUAUUGAGUAACAGAAAGCUGUAUCGGGAGUUUUUCAUGUUGCUCUACAGUUUUCUCAUUGACACUUUUCAUCUAAUUUUAAUAUUUCAGAAGUUGAUUAAUUAAUUAAGACUUAUGCAAUUAUGUGGACUGCAAAAAAUAUUCUGAGUAUCUCUAAGCGACCGCAAGCAGCAUUACCUUGGUUCUGUUGAGCUAGGUGGCAUUUGCAUAUUUUUAAAGUUUGGCUAAAGUUACGUGGAACACCCUGUAUAUAUUUAGUGCAAUCUAGUCAGAAUCUGUAAGCUAAUGGUGGGCUUGGUCCACAUGUCCCAGCUAUGCUUGUUUUUCUUUGUGGUUUUUAAUUUGAUGUCAUAAAACUGCACUUUUAGAUGUGUUUUAUGCACUCACUUUGUAAUCGGGUUGAUGCAACAGAGCUCCUUGUGUUUAU